CGGCAAUAUUUGAUGUCGGCUCGUGCUGUAGUGUUCAGACAUGGCUUUGCUCGCUCGUGUGAGCGGCAGUACUCGGCAGAUUUCAAAUAAUCGUUUUUAUAAAUUUUACGCAAACUGUGUAUGCUCGAAAUUGUACAGAAAAGCACCAACCAGCUUUGCCUUGGGCAUACAAAGUAGUGUAAGCGCACGGUAUGCUAGUUCAGGAAAAUCCCCAUCCACUGAAAAACAAGGCAAAUAUGUAUUCUAUGAAGAAAUUAUGUCGAGGAGGCGAGAUCAGGCUAGACGAAGUGUUCUGAUUCAAGUACAAUCAGAAAAUUCAAGCUACGAACUCUACGAUUACUGUUCCCAGUUUGGAAAGGUGCAAGAAAUGCAUCAUUAUAAAAUAGGCGAUAACUUGAGUUUUAUCUUAAUUGAGUUCAAUUUGCUAUCUGACGUGGAGGCCAUAAAUUCCGCCUCAACACAUAUACAAGUGGAUCAAAAUCUUCCUGUCACAUCGCCUUUCUUGUGGUUCCGAGUUGUACCGAAUCGGGUGCGAAAGGAUUUUGUUGACAAGGACAUACCAUUGAAGGUAAUAAAUGCCAAUGUCGCUUCCGCGCCUGAUGACAUGAAUAUGUUGCUGUUUAAGGCAGAGUCGGUUUCUGACCAAAUGACAUUAUUACACAAUGCAACAAAGUUAAAUGAGACUGGUACAAGGUUACGCUUUCUAAGUGCACGUCAAAUUGAAUUGUGCCUGUCAGGAAUGUUUUCUGAGGUCACAGUGCUCCCCUUCGGAUCCAGCGUUAAUGGCUGUGGUAAACUGGGGAGUGAUCUCGACUUGGUACUACAGAUGCAUCCCCAUCUGAAGGAAAAUGUACAAAGUAGGUUGGUUUAUUACACAAAGGCAUCAUCGAAUCCUGACAGAGCUCAAACACAGAAAGUGAUGGAAAUAAUAGCGAAUAUCAUUGAUCACUUUCUUCCUGGGAUAUCGAGUGUAAAAAAAAUACUACAUGCGCGGGUACCGAUAAUUAAAUUCAAUCAAACGUUGACCAACUUGGAAUGUGAUCUCAGUAUGAGCAACACGACGAGUAUAUAUAUGUCUGAACUGUUGUACCUUUAUGGUGAAUUAGAUUGGAGAGUCAGACCCCUGAUUUUCACAGUAAGGUCUUGGGCAAGAUACAUGAAGUUAACAAACAAUUAUCCUGGCCAUUGGAUAACUAAUUUUUCCCUGACACUUCUCGUUUUGUUCUACUUACAGCAGAAACAAAUAUUACCUAGUUUACAAAAAUUAAUUGAACUUGCAGAUAAAAAUGAUGUUCGGAUAGCAGAUGGUGACGUGAAUUGCACGUUUUUACGUGAUAUAUCAAAACUACCUCAAGCAUCUUCUAGGAACGAGGAUGAUUUGGAAACACUUUUGACAGACUUUUUUAUUUACUAUUCGAAUUUCGACUUCACAACAAAGAGCAUUUCCCUAAACGCGGGUAUGCCGCUUCCCAAACCCGCGGAAUCGACUGUUUAUAUUCACAAUCCGUUUGAGCCAGGUCUAAAUGUGGCUAAAAAUAUUAAUACCCAGGAGAUGGAACGGCUAAAAAUUGAAGCGCGAAAUGCAGCGUGGCUGUUUUGCUCUGCUGCUGACAAUAACGCGAAUGACUGGGGACUUUUAUCGUUGUUCAAUCAAAAAAUUGAAUUGAAUGUUAAACCUAUUCGCCUCAAUCAUACGAACAGAAUGGUGGAACUUAGUGCGUUGUUCAGUAAAUCAAAAACAGUGGAUGGCGUGGAAAAACACAGCAAAUAUACUCAAAGUGCAAAUGCCAAUAGUAACACAGUGAAUCACAGUGUAGACAAACAAAGAACAAGUAGUAAAAAGAAGAAGAGCAAUCAGAAGCAAGAAUUUAGGAGAUAAAACAAAAAAUUCAAUUGUAAGAAAAUGAAUAAACUAAUUUUACGAGAACAUGGUGGAAAUCUAAUGAAAAAAUUUAGUAUAUGAGAGGUUUGUAAUUUAUUUGAUUUCAUCAGCCUUUGUACAAAUAAACUAUGUAGUGGUUGUAAUCAAAUUUUCUUUCACACACGCAUUAUGAAUACUGCAGUUUCAUAAUUAUCGGUAAUCAGUGACUGUGCAAAAUGUCCAGUGGCGAAGUAGUUCGGCUUCAGCAAAAGAAAAGUUCAAAUCACCACUACACUACAUCAUGAUAAAUCAGUUUUAAUCAUCAGCCAAUGAAGCAAAAGCUCAAUAAUUUUGGGACUUCAAUCAUGUCUGGAGGCAGUGGUCGUUAUAUAUACGGAUAUUUUUUCUUGUAGUUCACCCAAGUAUUCAAAAUUUAUUCACCCUUGUUUUUGUACAAACAAAUGCAUUCCCAUUUUGCAAAGUAUAAAGAAAAACACAUGAAAAUUACUCAUGUAGCUGUACACAGAGCAAGAAUCAACAAUGUUAAAGAUUUAUCACACUAGUACAAUGGUUAAUUGCCUCUCAAUUUUUACAACUUGGACCUAUAAAGAUUGUUUUAAAUAUGGAUUUAUAUCCAUUUAA